AUGGACUGGGGCACCCUACACACUUUCAUCGGGGGUGUCAAUAAACAUUCCACCAGCAUCGGGAAGGUGUGGAUCACAGUCAUCUUUAUCUUUCGCGUCAUGAUCCUUGUGGUGGCUGCUCAUGAAGUGUGGGGUGAUGAGCAGGAAGAUUUUGUCUGCAACACUUUGCAACCAGGAUGCAAAAACGUGUGCUAUGACCACUUCUUCCCCGUGUCCCACAUCCGACUGUGGGCGCUGCAGCUCAUCUUUGUCUCCACACCUGCCCUACUAGUAGCGAUGCACGUCGCCUACUACAGACACGAGACUGCCCGCAAGUUCAGGCGAGGAGAGAAGAGGAAUGAAUUCAAAGACAUAGAAGACAUUAAAAAACAAAAGGUUCGAAUAGAGGGUUCCCUGUGGUGGACAUACACCAGCAGUAUUUUUUUCAGAAUCAUCUUCGAAGCGUCCUUCAUGUAUGUGUUUUACUUCCUGUACAAUGGGUACCACCUGCCCUGGGUGUUGAAAUGUGGGAUUGAUCCCUGCCCCAAUCUGGUCGACUGCUUUAUUUCUAGACCUACUGAAAAGACUGUGUUUACCGUUUUUAUGAUUUCUGCAUCUGUGAUUUGCAUGCUGCUUAAUGUGGCUGAGCUGUGUUACCUGCUGCUGAAAGUGUGUUUUAGGAGAUCAAAGAGAGCACAGAUGCAAAGAAAUCACACCGAUCAUGCCCUGAAAGAAAGUAAGCAAAAUGAAAUGAAUGAGCUGAUUUCAGAUAGUGGUCAAAAUGCAAGCACUGGUUUUCCAAGUUAA